AUGCCUCUCGCAAAGGAUCUCCUUCAUCCCUCUCCAGAGGAGGAAAAGAGGAAAUACAAGAAAAAGCACCUGGUGCAGAGCCCCAAUUCCUACUUUAUGGAUGUGAAGUGCCCAGGAUGCUAUAGAAUCACCACGGUAGUCUUGUGUAUCGACUGCUCCACUGUCCUCUGUCAGCCUACAGGCAGAAAAGCCUGUCAAGACUGA